AUGCCUCCACAACAAGUCAACCUCCCCAAUGGGCAGAUAUACAACAUCACCGCCGUCUUUGGCGGGUAUAGCUUCAAGUCCACGAAUCUGGACUUGCACCAUUCUGCCAUGCCGCCGGGGUGGACAGUGAUACUACAGACUGAGGACGAGGUGGAUGAGGUCAACGAAAACCUGCGAAGGAAGAGCAGGAUAUCGGUCUUGAGAGAACCGACCGACUCGGACGACCCCAAUCAGAAGCGUACCAUAGCACAUCGCUUUGUCCAGCCCACGAUCCAGAGCGAUUCGGUCUUCAUCUCGUCAAUAUCCAUGCCAGCGAACAGUGAUUUCAAGGGCCCGACAUCACCCACGAGGCAUAUUGCUCUCAUGCUGUGGGCCACACUAUAUUGGUACUUCCACAAGGACCCUCCGAAGCCCCAGAUUUGCACCGAGGAAGGUGCUCUGACACCUGAGCUGGGGAGGCCAAAGGCUGAAUGGCGGAUAAAGGUCAAGAGGGAGGGCAUUCUCAAGGGCAAGAACAUCAUGCAGAAAUUGGAACGAAUGGGUCUGGUCGCCAGCGAGGACUCGUGCGUUGGUACCGAUACAGAUAUCCGAUUGCCCACCGGUUGGGCCGAAACCUUUGUCAGCCAGCGAGCCUUCUGGCAGACCGACCCCAGAAUAUUCCUCUUCACCCUGGCACCGCAACAGCACUCACCCUUCCCAACACAAUCGCCGCAUCCCUCACGACCUGCAUCGCCCGACCGCAACCCCGAGAACCGGCCCUCACCGCGCCCCGUUGACAGCAUCGUCAACACCACCGGCAUUUUGACCGAUGGUCUAUCAGCCGGCAUUGCUUCGCCCGGAGGACCGUUCAAUUCUGGAUCGCAUCUUCCCACGUUCUACCCUCCACCACCUCCUCAAUACACCUUCACCAACCAUAUCCGCCAUCCCAUCCGCCCGAAACCACCUCGCCAGGGUGAGGUCUUCUACACGCGCUACAUUCCCUCGGUAGAGCAAUGGCUCUCCUUCCGUAUCCCCUCGCUCUCUCACCGGCCUGUACCGCACCCGCACCUCGGCCCAAUUGGCGGUUCCAUGCCCGCCACGGCCAACACCAACAGCAUAAUGAGCCCCCCGGGCAGUAUCGCAACGCUGCCCACACUCGCCUCCUUUGGUGAGCGACAGUCCGACCUCGACCUCCUGCACAGAUGGAUGAACGAUCCGCGCGUGAAUGCUGCGUGGAGCGAGGCGGGCCCGCGAGAACGCCAGCGCCGCUUCCUGGAGGAUGCGCUGAACAGCCGCCACAGCUUCCCCGUCUUUGGAUGCUGGGACGGACGGCCCUUUGGCUAUUUCGAGGUAUACUGGGUCAAGGAAGAUAAGCUGGGGCGGCUGUUGGGUGGAGAGGUGGGGAACUACACGCGGGGACUACACGUGCUCGUGGGCGAGCAGGAGUUCCGAGGCCCGCACCGUGUGAGGGCGUGGUUGAGUGCACUGGUGCAUUAUGCCUGGCUGGCGGAUUCAAGGACGGAGACGGUCAUGUUGGAGCCGAGGGUGGAUAACGAGAAGUUUCUAAAGUAUUUGGCAGAGGCAGGAUUCUAUAAGCAGGGCGAAGUGUCGUUUCCGCAUAAGCAGAGUGCGGUGAUGAAGAUCGAUAGGGAGAGCUGGGUGGCUCCUUGCACGUGA